AUGGAACAGAGUCAGCCACAGCUUCCUUGUAGGAACGCCCCGCAGUUAGAAUUAGUAGCUGACGAGGCGAAUGCUGUCCGCAUCUCGCAAUUCAGGUUAGUUGGAAAGGUGUUCUCAGACAAGUUACUUCGGAAAAAUCUAGUCCAGUCAAUCAUACGAAGAGCCUGGUUCACCAAUGACGACGUUCAGGUGGAAUCUCUUCAUCCCAAUAUCUUUUUAUUUUGUUUCAAGUCCAUAGCUGACAGAAACCGAAUAUGGAGAAAGAGGCCUUGGUCAAUUAAUGGAGCUCAUCUUGCCCUUAGAGAGUGGAAGCCUGAACAAAGUUUCGAAGAUUUGGAUUUUAAUAUCUCUACUUUUUGGGUCCAAAUUCAUGGAUUGCCUCUCCAGUUCAUGACCAGUUCCAAUGCCUCCACGAUUGGCGGACUGUUUAAAAAUUUAAUCCAUUGUGAAUCCACUUCUAGAACCAACCUAGUAGGUUUGAAAUACAUGAGAAUACAGGUUGAUGUGGAUAUCUCCAAGCCGUUAUUAACAGGUUUUUUUCAUAAGUUGGGCAACCGUGGGUCUUGGAUGCAUUUCUCCUAUGAACGAUUGGCGGAGUUUUGUUACUCUUGUGGGAAAAUAGGGCACUGCAAACAGGCUUGUACUAUAGUCCCAAACGCAGCCAGCAUCCAGGAUGGUGAUCAAUAUGGUCCAUGGAUCCGGGCCGAAGCGGAAGAUAAUAGAGUGGUUCAAGAAGCAUAUGGUCUUCGACAGGUUAACUUCCCCAGCAAAGACACCUACGAUUCGCCUUUGCAUGAUGUGCAUCAAGCUGAUCAAGACGAAGAGGUGCAUCAACCAACCAGGGCAAUCAACUCGGUUGAACAGGAAUCGGACAUGCGAGAGGCGGACGAGUCAACCCGGAUUUGGACGAGCUCAAAGGAGGAUCAUGUCAUGCUACAGGGUCAACAACAAGAUAAUCAUCAACAUCCAAUAGCUAUUGAUCAUGUCGGCUCCUCAUCGGUUUCGAGGAAGCAGGGUUUAGACUACUCUGAUGCAAAUGCACAACCUACAUAUGCUGGAAAAGCUGUCACAAGGUUUGAAUUUGAAAAAAGGGGGGAACCCAGGCCGCUCAAUCCUGAACCUUUUUUACAACAGGGCUCAACCAACUCCCAAAGCCCGAGUACUAUCCACCGGCCCAUUUCUUUGUUGGAACCCAUCAAUGAAGCUGGUAAAAGUGACAGGAAACCAGGCAAAAGGAAGAGGGGAGCCCCCAAAGCCCACAAAGCCCAACCAAAAGCUCUAAACUCCAAACUAAUUGUUGAUGAAUGCUGUAAAGACACAGAUCACUCCACCGGCUCAGGGCCUGUUUCAUCCCUCAAAGGUACUCGUUCUUUCUCACAGGAAGUCAUUCCGCCAUCUUUUUGUAUGAACGACAGUAAUGUUUCACCUUCGAAAGUUAGACUCAAAGAUCUGGCAAGGAAGCUUAAGCAUAGCAAUCGCUCGAAAGAGAAAGCCACCAUAGAAGCUAAAGUAGCUGGAGAAGCAAAGGCAGUUACGAAAAUGGCCGAGGAGGCGGGCCUAAUCAAGCCCCCCCCUUCGCCAUGA